AUGGCAUCGAUCAAGAUCUUCAGCUUGGCCGUAAAGACGCUGGCCAAGCCGAUUGCCGCAACCAUCAAGCAGCAGGCCGUGACUCAUGAGAGGUUUCGUCGCAUUUGCAUCAAUUUCGCGCAGGCGAUGCAUCGCACGGAGGCGCGCAUGCGCAUGGGGUUGCUCAACGAGGAGGCUAGGAACAUCAAGCCUCUCAACGAGGCCAAGGCCGUGCAGAAUGGCGCAUCAAUGAUGGCAGAGACGUUCCUUUUCGCUCUCGGCGCGUCCCUGGUACUGGGUGAAACGUACCGCUCGUCGCGGAAGAACGUCAAGCGACGCGAUCUCGUUGCUGAACGACUGGAGGACCUCGAGGAGGCGGUGGAGAAGCUCAACGAACACGCGGCCCAGGACGUCCAGCAUUUGCAGGAGAGGAGUGACGCCCUCGAGAAGGCCCUCAAGACGGUCGUGGCCAACGGCCUGCGCGCCGGCUGGCUCGGCCUGGGACACAACGAUACCGAGGUGCAGCGGCUCAUCAGCGAGCUCCCGGGACAGCCGUUCGCGCUGCGCAAUCGCGAUGGUACCGAGGCCGACGACGGUGUGGAGACGGUGGGCGUCGAGGAGUCCGUCGUGGAACAGGUGAGCUCGGCGCGACCACUCGCCGACCCACCUGUGGACCACGAGACGCCGACCCCACCCAAAGUCAAACCCACAUAG